GUGAGACAGGAGAACAGCAAAAGAAAGGAAAUGUGGAAUAAGGGAUAAAGAAAGACCGCUAAUCAAUGAGAAUCGCAUAGACGUUGUGAUCCGUUUUAGUAUAGUUAUAGUGUACCUCAGUAUUUGGCUUGUAUCCUUCAACCUAGCAUACAUUUAUUGUGGUAUAUUUUGAAUAUUUAACGUAAACGUUACAUCGUACUCAGCUGAGCUACCGCGCUAGCUGGGUAGGAAGCUACUAGCUGGUAAAUCUAACAACGUUACAGCGCGAGAUGGGUACAAGAUCUAGUCGUUUACAAGAAGAGGCUGUAUCGACGACUUUUGAUAAGGACGGAAUUAAGCGAGAGUCAUGUCGACGUCUUCGAAGCAACAGGCCCACAAGCCUUAUGGUUGAUUUUUCUGGUAGUUUUGAGCAUGAUUCGGAAGCAAAUCGUAGCCGCUCGGAGGAAGGGAGCGACUCGGACACAGGGCAGCAGGCAAGCGCUGAAGGAAGCCCUGCUGACCAUCACAUUUCCCCGUCACUUAGCAGUCAGGACACACCAGCAGAGGACACCGUGGGUAACCACGAAGGAGACGGCAGCCCCGGAGAGGCAAUAAACAACGAGCCUGUGGCUGGAGAGGAAACAGGCCGCGUUCCUCAUCGCACUUUCUCCGAACGUUUGCCGGGUGGUCGACACAAUUCUGGGCGCAACGUCACUGCUAGAUCCGCACGAGUGAGAGGUGCCCAUUCACGUCCAGUGUCGGAGGCAUGGAUCGGGCUUUACAGAGUGAACAAUCGACAUGGCACAAUCCGCUGCCCAUUUUGCUCCAAGCCGUUCCCUGGAGGCAGGAUUGAGGAACACCUGUUGAGCUGUCUCACCUCUCCCCCUCUUCCAUACAAUACUGACGUCCUGGCCAAGGACAGUGGUGAGUGCUCCAUAUGCCUGGAGGAUCUGCUUCAGGGAGAGACCAUCGCACGUCUGGCCUGCCUGUGUGUCUAUCACAAAAGCUGCAUUGACUCCUGGUGCAAGGUGAAACCCUGUUGCCCCGAACACCCCUUUGAUUGAUUGCAAUUGCUGUCUCAGGACCCCACUCCUGGCCAGAAAAAAAAGGCAAAAAAUGACCGGGCAGCAAGAAAUACAAUAAAUUGACUUCAUUGUUUUAGCUGACACUGAACAUUUCUGCUCCCGUGAAACCUGAAUCAACUCCCUUCUGGCUUGGCUAUGAAAUCCUGGACUUUUUUUCCUCCCCACCUGAGGUGCUUGCUGGGAAUGAGGGCUGUGGAGUAGGGGAGGGUAGUGGGACAUCUCUGCUUGCCUUUCCUUUCCUUGAACCUGUCCUCUCUAAAGCUUGCAAUGUGACCGUUAAAAAGAAAAACAAGGAUAACUGAUGAGGAAACAGUGGGUAUUUGCUUGCAAGUAGAUCACCUCUGGCAAACUGGCUGCUAAGGUAUCUCACCUGGCAGGAGUGCGAGAGAUGAGAGAGGGUGGUUUGGGGCCUGGCUAAAGUUUUAUUCUACAAGAAAGGCCUCGUUAGAUGCAUCACAUGAAACAACUCGGCUGAUGUGAUGUUAUCCAGAGGUCUAUUUCCUUAUUUGGGUGUCAAACCAACAUGGACCCCCAGAGUUGAGAAUUGUAUGCGUAAGUAUUCUGCACGGUGUUGUUCUUAAGGCAUGAUGCUGAGACUGCCGCUACUACCGUUUUUUUUUUUUUUUUUUCCUCCAAAUGGUUGCUGGACGGAUGGGGAGGGAGAGGACAAAUAUUUUUAGUGGGUGAUGGUUGUGGGGUUUUGUGUGUGUGUGUAAUAUUUUUAGUGACACAGAACACAAUUCAUAAGUGGAGUGUCAUUUCACAUGGUUUGACUUGGGAAAAAUGGCUUGCACACAGCAUUUGUUUUUGUUGAACAUAGAGAUUGAGAAUGUUCUUUGGUUGUGUUUCACGACCUGGAUCCCAACGCUCCUUAGGUCAAGCAGCAUCAACGCAUUUGGUUCCUUCGGUCAUGGAUGUGCCCUGGAAAAAAAUAUAUAUCUCUCAGGAUGUCCAUCUAGCCCCACAGAGGCUAAGAGGUUGAGGUGGGCAUGGGUGCAGGUCACGGGAACGAGUGGGGCACUAAUGAAGUCCUAAUGACUCCAGUCAGCUGUGGCCUGCCUCCUCGUUGGAGUGUCUGGAGAUGAGAAAUGCCCUUGUGGAGCUCAUGACCCCCACCAGUGAGUCCUGCCUGUGCUCGUCUGGUCCGUGUUCUGCUUUUGGAGAGUAGUUGGGGAGGCAGUCGCUGGCCUCCCCAAGCCUCUGUUUUCAUGUCUGUGGAGAAACGCGUCCCCAUAGCAGUCAUCCCUUAACCAGUUCGGUUCAGCAGUGGUGAGUUGUCGCCAUGUUUUCACACCAAGUCAUAGCUGCUCUGCUCUGAGUGUGGACAUCAGGAACAGUUGGGAGAGGGGCUGACUAGUGGCUUUAUUCCCUCACCCUUGCAGUUCCCAAGUGCCCCCCCCCCCCCUCCCCUCCCCCCGAAUCCAUAAAAGAUACAGAAUGGAGGAGCCACAGCAUUGAAAACAAAUGUUUUCUAAGUAUUAUUAUUAUUAUCAUUAUUAUCAUUGUUGUUGAUAUUCUUAUUAUUCCCAUUGGGGUUGAGCUUAGUGGUUGUUGUUGUUUUCAUCCUUGCAUCGCUUGCCUCUGGCCACGCGUGCUGCAGUGGAGCGUGCUCUGUUCAGGCUGCGCUCAGAGGUGCUACGUUCUGCCCCACAGAGGGUCCCCUGUGCAUGUCAUAGUUUCUCUAGAACUCGAGAAAAGCCAAAAGUGUGUGUGUGUGUGUGUGUGUGUGUGUGUGUGUGUGUGAGAGUGUGUGAGAGAGAGGAAGAACGGAGAGAGUGAUUGUAUGAGAUCCAUAUUUUGCUGUCAAAGGCUUUUAUUGCUGGAGGAUGUUAUAGAAAAAAAUGUGGAGAAUCUUCUGAUUCAAAAUGUUUCCCUUGAUGUUUUCAUUUAACUGAUGUGGUGCAAUACCUCACUAUUUUAAAUUUACUAACCUGGGGGAUCGCUAACUCCAAGAAUGAUUGAUUUAUUUUUGUGGAUUUUUUUAAGUAAGAGUGAAAUGCAUCGUUGAUUAACUUUCCUGAGUCCUCUGUGAUCUCUAAGGUGUCUGACGACCCCUAUGAUACUAAGGAAUGGAUGUUGUAAAAAUCACAUUGGCGAUAUUUAAGAAUUGACAAUCUGCCUUCUCUCAGUUAAAGAACAAUUGAGUAUUUAUUUAUUAAAUUGUAAAUAUGUAUGGCAAUUCAAAAUACCUUUGUCUCUUGUUUGUUCAUUUUACUGUUUUUUAUGCCCAAAUAUUUUGUAUGUCUGAAAGAGUGUUUUAUAUGUAUUUUUUACAAUAAAUAUGCUUAAUGUGUGAACUGUU